CAGGGGCGGACUGACCAUUUGAAAACUCGGGCACUGCCCGAGGGCCCAGGGUCAGUAGGGGGCCCCAUAAGAUGCCCCUGGUACCUUUUUUAUAGGCUUUUUUGAGUUUGGGUAAGAACACAGGGGCCCCAUGAUCCCCUAUUGCCCGGGGGCCCCAUGAGGUGUCAGUCCACCCCUUGCCCAAGUUCCUGAAUGGUCAGUCCACCCCUGGUCUCCAUCAUAGGACAGGAUGACAAUGCAGUAGUACAAUUGUGAGA